ACGAGAGCUCCUUCCAUCUUUACUCUCCACCCCCCACCCACAUUCGCCAAUCCCUUUCUCACAUUCUGAAAAAAAUGGGCCUUUCGUCCAGCAAAUCAAGAAACCACUCCUCACAUUUGCCUCAAUCACCUCCCACUUCCGCACGCUCUCCGCCGGCGAGCGCCUCCGUCUCCGAAGAAUCUUCCGAUUUGAGCUCGUACCAGACGGCGUGCGAAGAGGACUCCAGCCUCCGGGCAUUCGACUCAACUCUCCAGUCUCGAACAACCAAAGCCAUUAACUCUGUCGCCGGCAACCUCCUCGACCACCGGUCCCUAUCCCUCGAUUCUCUCCGGGAAGUCACCCUGUGCUUCCUCGACAUGAACCAGGAGGUGGUGUCCCUGAUUCUCGAAAGCAAGAAGGAUGUCUGGAAAGACCCGGACCUCUUUGAUCUGGUGAAAGACUACCUGGAAAACAGCCGCCACACCAUGAAUUUCUGCACCGCCCUGGAAGAAGCUCUCCGGCGGGCCUACCACAGCCAGUCCAUACUCAAAUGCGCUCUACAGAGAUUCGAGGAAGAAGAAAAGGCCCGGAUGAAUUGCCCGGGUCACGAUCCGACCCAAUUCUACUCAAAAACCUUAGAAGAGUUCAAGAAAUUCAAGGAAGCCGGGGACCCAUUCAGCCAGAAGUUCUUCUCGCUGUUCCAAUCCGUUUACAGGCAGCAGGAAUCAAUGUUGGGUGCCCUGAGAGCGAAAAAGAGGAGGCUUGACAAGAAACUCCACAAGGUCAAGUCUUGGAAGAGACUGUCCAACGCAAUCUUCGCGGCCGUGUUCGUCUCUGUGCUAAUUUGCUCGGUGGUGGCCGCGGCCGUCACGGCGCCGCCGGUGGUGACGGCUCUUGCGGCGGCCGCAUCUGUGCCACUUGGGAGUGUGGGGAAAUGGAUAAACACUAUGUGGAGGAAGUACGAGAAGGAUCUGAAGAGGGAAAGGGAGAUCUUGACUGCGAUUGAAGCUGGGAGCUUUACAGUGAUUCAGGAUCUGGAGAAUGUCCAGGUUUUGGUGGAUAAAUUGCAGAUUCAGAUUGAGGAGUUGUUGGGGAAUGCAGGUUUUGCUAUGGAGCAGAGUGGGGAGGGGGUGGGUGGUGUGGUGGAGAACAUCAAGAAGAAGGUAAGUUCUUUUAUGGAAACCAUAGAGGUUCUGAGUGAACAUGCAGAAAAGUGCAACAAGGAUAUAAGGAUGGCUCAUGCAAUAAUCUUGAAAAAGAUGAAUGAACCAAGUGGUAGCAGGAGCAGAUCAGCAGCCAGUGGUAUGUUCUUUGGCUGACUGUCAGUCAGUCUAUGAUGUUGUGCUGAAUAUUGAACUGAACUUUGUAACAGAUGACUGAAACUUGGAUUCUCCUAGGGACCAUGGGUUUCUGUAUUUACUUACCCUUUGAGACAAAUUUGUGUGAUCUUUAUCAUAUUGGCCAUGGUUGGUAAAGGAGGAAUGUGGAAAGUAAUUGACUGAUAUGUUGAAUGUUUUGAAAGAAAAAUUGUUUGUUGAAGUA